GCCCGGGAGGGGGGCGGGGUGCAGAGCCAAGGCGAGUGUCUUAAAAUAGAGAGGCCCUCAGAGCAACGCGAGACGCGGUGCGGCGGGAGGAGGCGAGUGCGGGCAGAGGGGUCCAGGCCGGGCGGCAGGGGGCGGGGGGCGCGGACGCCCCUCGCCGAUCACCCCUGGGAGGCGCUGCACUGCGGGGGUCUAGCAGGAAGCGCGCGCUGACUGACAGCUGUUCCGUCCCCCCAAAGGCACAGCCAAGAUGCUGCUCUGCUCGCGGGUGUAGACACUCUGCCCACGCACCGGGCGCCAGAUUCCCUACCCCUUCCCCCGCGCACGCCCCCGGAGCCUUCCCCCUCCCGGCAGCCAAGAAGCGAGGCCGAGGGUCCCUCCGUGCCCCAUUCCCCGCGGCCCCGCCGGCGGGCGCUCAGCCCGGCUCGCCAUGCACUGCCACGCGGAGCUGAGGCUGAGCUCGCCCGGCCAGCUCAAAGCAGCCAGGCGGCGCUACAAGACUUUCAUGAUCGACGAGAUCCUCUCCAAGGAGACCUGCGAUUACUUUGAGAAACUUUCCCUCUACUCCGUGUGCCCAUCGCUGGUUGUGCGCCCCAAGCCCCUGCAUUCCUGUACCGGCCCUGCUUCCCUCCGGGCAUAUCCCCUUCUCUCAGUCAUCACCCGACAGCCCACGGUCAUCUCUCACCUGGUCCCUGCCACCCCUGGCAUUGCCCCAGCACUGUCCCGCCACCCAGCCCCUGAGGUUACCUGUGCGGAAGCCCAGGGCACUGAAGCUCUGGGCAGCAGCGAGUCAGAGACAGAACAGCCAACGCCCCGGCAGAAGAAGCCCCGCCGGAGCCGCACCAUCUUCACCGAACUACAGCUCAUGGGCCUGGAGAAGAAGUUUCAGAAGCAGAAGUACUUGUCCACCCCAGACAGGUUGGACUUGGCCCAGUCUCUGGGACUCACUCAGUUGCAGGUGAAGACUUGGUAUCAGAACCGCAGGAUGAAAUGGAAGAAAAUGGUUCUCAAAGGUGGCCAGGAAGCACCCACAAAACCCAAAGGGCGUCCCAAGAAGAACUCCAUCCCCACAUCAGAAGAGAUUGAAGCCGAGGAGAAGAUGAACAGCCAGGCCCAGAGCCAGGAACGCCUUGAGCCCUUCUCAGGACAUGAGGAGCUGUGUGACUCUCAGGAGCCCCUAACCUGCCCAGGCCUCUUAGAGGUGGCAGAGCCCUCAGGCCAGCUCCAGGAGUUGCCAAAAGUCUCGUCUUCUGAGACCCCACCAUCAAGCUAAAAUAAAACACUUUAGGGUGUGUGUGGGAGGGGGACGAGGGGAAGACUGGGAAGAAGGGAAAGUGAGAAGACAGGCAGAACAGGGGGGAGAAAGACUCCCAGAGGCCUGCUAAAAUGGGGGGUAGAGGAGAGCACCCCCCCAGCACCCCAGCCUAUCUCAGUGAUGUCCCCCACACACACUCCCCACACACACUGGAAGCAUUGCCUUAGGCCCUUCUCUGCUCAAGCCAUGGGUGGCCCUUCAUUAAGGAGACAGUGCCUUGGGUCUGCCUGCCCCAGCUGGGGGUGGGGAGAGUGCUGUGGUGCUGGUACAAAGGGCCUGCCCCCCCAGCCACACAGUAGAAACUAAUCCCCCCUUCUCUCUGUCAGCCCCUCCCCAGGAGCCAGUCAUCUAAGCGGAGAUAUGGGGAGCAGGCCAGUGUGCCAAGGCUCCUUGCCAACUCAGCACUUAUUUCUGUAGUUUUUAAAGAGAAUUUAAUGUUUGGGGUGGUUGCUUUUGUGGGAGGGAGGGGGUGCAAGGUGUGGUUGGUGGGGGCAGGCAGGACAGAGUCGGUGGGGGAAGGGAGUUAGUAGACUUGUUUCUGAAUAAAGUUUGUUUGUGUGAUGACAUGUGUGCCUUUGUACCCAUUACAAGAUGGUCAGGUAGGUGAUCCAGGAACUGAUAACCCUGGUUUUUCUUGCUUCUUUAAGUUGCCACGCCUGAUGCUACAAUGCAGAUAUGUUAAGAUAGCUUUUAUUUUUUAAUUAAAAAUAAAUCUUUCAAAAAGAA